GGAGAUGAGAGCCGCAGGUGGGACGUAAAACUGGACGCUUUUAGCUGUUAGUUUUACUGUCGAGCUCAUUUUCCUUGAGCGCUUGAGUGGUGAUUCUGAACGACAUGGGGAAGCUUCAGGAAUUCGAGAUUACUUUAACUAAUAACAAAGUGGUCUACAACCCCGGGGAGUCCAUAUCAGGAACUGUGAGAAUUAAAACAAGCCACUCCUUACAGUUUAAAGCCAUUAAAGUCAACUGUGUGGGGUCGUGUGGCAUCUCGUCCAAGCUGAAUGAUGCAUCAUGGAUGCUUGAGGAGAAGUACUUGAGCAGCACACUGUCUAUAGCUGAUAAAGGUAAUCUGUCAGCUGGCGAGCACAGCUUUCCCUUUCAGUUCGUCAUUCCAGCAUCCGUGCCAACCUCGUUUGAAGGCCCAUUUGGGAAGGUUUUGUACAAAAUUAGGGCUUUUAUUGACACGCCACGUUUCUCAAAGGACUACAAGACCCAGCGACCCUUUUACCUUCUCAAUGUGCUCAACCUCAAUGAGUUGCCAGAUAUAGAGCAACCCAGCUGUGCUUUGACAACAAAAAAGUUUAACUACCUCCUGGUAAAAUCAGGCACGCUCAUGCUGAAGGCCUGCAGUGAUCUAAGAGGAUACACUCCUGGACAGGUUAUCAAACUAUCCACCGAGAUCCAUAACAAGUCUGGUAAAGACACCGGCUAUGUGAUGGCUAGCCUUAUUCAGAGAGUGGCGUAUAAAACAAAGCGGCCAGUGUUUGAUCUGCGGCCCAUAGCAGAGGUGGAGGGUGCCGGGGUGAAGGCUGGCAAACAUGCAGAGUGGAAAGAACAGAUCAUCGUCCCUCCUCUUCCUCAGUCAGGCCUCACUGGCUGCAGCCUCAUAGAUAUUGAGUAUUUUAUCCAGGUUUCACUAAAAUCUCCAGAGGCUGUGGUCACGUUACCCAUCUAUAUUGGGAACAUUGCUGUGAACUUGACUCCCUCCAUUCCUCGCCCCAUCGCUCAAGGUGCACCAAUGCCUGCCAUGCCAAGCCUCAGCCCUGCACCCGUAGUCCCCAGCGCACCUCCUGUGGAGGACGACCUGGAGGGUGCGGUGGGUGCAGGAGGAGUAGACAGCGAGGAGAUCCCCACCAAGAGUCAUUCUCAGCAGGACCCGUCCGGCGUUCCUCUCUCCAUGCCUCCCAGUGCGUUCGGUCAAGCGUCUGGUCCAGUCGCACCGCAGCCCGCCCAGUCCUCCAGCGGCUCUGCUCCUCUCUUCUGUUUGUCCACAGGGGCAACCAUACCUUUCUUCACAGAUGGAAAUACAACUCCUGUGCCCACUUCCUGUCCCCUCAUCCUGCCCCCUGAAUACAGCACCUGGGAAUACCCACAUGAGCCGCCUCCCACUUAUGAGGAAAGCUGCAGUAGCAACAACUCCAGCUUCAACAGUAGCAUGAGGUAGACUACUUCAUGCCAUUCAUCUGGUGCCCCCUGCUGGACGGUACAGACAUUGCUGCCACGCCAUAAACAAAAAACAUCCCCUCAGAUUACCAUUUCAACAUUGGAGAAAACCACCCUGAAACUGUACAGGGAGAAUGUUUCAGUGCCUAAGAAAAUGUAGCACUCUUGAGCAACCCCAAGAUAAGACAAACACAGAGUUCUUGUGAAACGAAUACCAGCAUCUCUAACAUUUUGAAGUGAAAGUUACACUGAGGAUACAUUUUCAUUCAACCAAGGCUGGCCUUAAAUAAAGCUCAUCACAAAUCAUGCUCCGUAAAAUCUGAAUUUAAGCAGAAAUAUAUUUCAGUCCGAUUUAAAGUCUUGUUGGAAAUAAAUACUCCUUUCCUUGUGAUGAUCAUUGUGAAUCAUAAUGCACUCCGUGCUUAUGCCAGCAGGAAUGGCUCUUGACGAAGAUUCUGGGCCACAGAGAAAGAGCCUCUGGAAAGAACAAGUUUUAUUUAUUGAUGAAGAUUGAUGUUGGAAGUUUUCAUUUGAUUAUGUGGAUAUGUAGUCGACCGUCUUUGGGCACAUACGUCAUCAUCACUUGGCAAAUGGUAGCCGGUGUUCCCUGAAUGCUUAAGGGAACAACAUAUUUUAUACCAUUUUUAAAAGAAAAUGACAUUCAUUUUGUUUCACAGGCUGUCAAGAGAUUUUAGGAUGACACUUUGGACUCCUGACUCUGUAUUUUUGUUACCUUAUUUUACACAAAACAAAGCAAAAUAAUCCAAUUUUUCUUUUCUGGGGUUCAUCUUUUCACCCUAGAAUUAUUCUUUCAAAGUAUUUCAUAGAACUGUCAUUCAGACUGUGAUUUUUUUUUUUCAGACUGUACAUAAUAUCAGUGCUGGCGAUACGUUAGAUGUCAGAAAUCUCUAAUAUGCAUCUGAUACAAACUGUACGUGUCUUUAUAUGUGACUUGUUUGGAUUUGUACAUCGAUAUUUCUCAUAUUAGCCCACAGCGAUUGGAGAUUUCAGAUGGAUUUCCGGUGAGGCCUUAGGCUGUACUUGGAUUGGUGUGUACAGUCCUUUAAUAUGGCAAACCCUUUUCCCAAAACACCUGUUCAGACCUUUGAACUGCUGAAGAAAUUGAAAAAUUGAAGCACAAAAGGCACUUUUGUAUGUUUGUGUGUUUGUGUUUCUGUGUUUGAGAAUGUUUUCUCAAUUUCUUCUCCAAAAUCCAAAAUCAAAGUUUAAAAUUUGAUUCAGAACAGACCACCUAUAUUAUGCUCUCUAUGAUUUUGCAUGAAGCAAAUUAGAAGACAUGUUUUCAGUACUAAAUUAUGUGAUGUUCUUUAUCUAAGUGUUUGUUUAAAAUGUAUGGAGCAGUAUGAACCAUUUACAGUGCUGACAGAAAAAUCAUUUAGGUCAUUCAACAAAAAGGGUGUAAAACAGUGAAUAGCUGAUGUGCUAAUAUGCAUAUUUCUUAAAAAGUAAUCCAGUAGCUUUAUUUUAGUUUAUUUUCAUUGAUUUUCUAACCUGUGUACAUUUUGAUGAAAAUAUAUAUAUAUAAAAGCUAGCAAUUAUUAUAGUAGUAUGAAAUGGAUCAAUGCAAUUUAUUACUAGUUAAACUUUGUUUAGCAGACAUAAUACAAAAAAAAACGUACUUUUGAAUCAUCUUAUUAGACUGCAGAAGGUGCUGAUUUAUUAGAAUGACCCAUUCACACUCAUUUCAAGGGAUUUGGACUUUGCUGAUUGUAUCCCAGCAGGCCACUGUGACUUCUGACAGUGCAGCUAUAAGAUUAAAUUGAGAUUGUGUUUCUUCACUGUGAGCAGCACUGUUGAACUCUCAGCCAUUGCACAAAUGUUAAGAACAUUUAAAUGCAAAAAAAAAAAGAACAUUCAAAUUCACAUUUGCAUCGUUCAUCAUCAGCAUCCAGUAAAGAAACCCCCGACUUGAAUGCCUGUUCUGUAUUUUAAACCACAUUUUGCCUUAAAUGAGAUAUUGAUGCAUCCCUGGUCCCACUGUAACUGUAUAGAAAACAAAUACUUUGAAAUAACAUUGCAUUGCUAUUACUGUUCUAUAUUUGCCUCUCAAGCCUCUUUGACUUUCUGUUUGCAGCAGAAAAAGUCAAAAGGGAUACUAGAUAGUUAUUUUAGCACUGAAGGUAAAAAACUAUUAUAAAUGUGCAAGUCCUCUGGAAAUGCUAACAUUGCAGUAUGGACAAACACCUAUUCCUUGUUUAUUUACAUGUGCUAUGUUCUGUCUUUUCUUUUUCACCAAAGUUUCAAUAGCUUUAUCAAGUUUCAUUUCAUCGUUGUGUGGUACUUUUCCUUCCCUGGAUUUACCAGCAGGUUUUGAAACAAAGUAGCACCAUUGUGGAUCAGUGUUCUAUGUAAAGAUGUGAGAGAAUGAAACUUGUACAGCAAAUAAAGUCAUUCAAUUCUCAA